UGUUGUACACAGUGCUGAUAACCUCGGGUGCAAACUUAUAUCAACCGGAUCCCGACGAAGCUAUAGAACAUGCAUUUUGCAAGACUCCUGAUUUCUGUAUGUUUUGUAAUUGCGCUAGGUCCAGUGGGUUAUGGUGAUAUCACAACGCACCACCAGACUUCAGUAGCUACGGAGGACAGUGAGUGCUCAUCAUGUGAGUUUAGACAGCAAAGCAAGCUCAUGAGACUACAUGCCAUCAAGUCCCAAAUUCUGAGUAAACUUCGGCUCAAACAAGCUCCAAACAUCAGCCGAGAUGUGGUCAAGCAGUUACUACCAAAGGCACCUCCGCUGCAGCAACUCCUUGACCAGUACGAUGUUCUUGGAGAUGAUAAUAGGGACGGAGUUAUGGAAGAUGAUGAUGACCAUGCCACCACAGAGACCAUCAUGACGAUGGCUACUGAGCCGGAUCCCAUCGUGCAAGUAGAUCGGAAACCCAAGUGUUGCUUUUUCUCCUUCAGUCCGAAGAUUCAACCCAUUCGCAUUGUGAAGGCGCAGCUUUGGGUACACUUGCGACCAGCGGAUGAGGAUACCACUGUAUUCCUUCAAAUAUCAAGAUUGAUGCCAGUAACGGACGGAAACAGGCAUAGAAUCCGAUCGUUGAAAAUCGACGUGAAAGCAGGGACCAAAUCAUGGCAAAGCAUAGAUGUCAAACAGGUUUUGACAGUGUGGCUCAAACAACCGGAGACCAACAGGGGCAUCGAAAUAAACGCGUACGACGCAAAGGGAACCGACUUGGCUGUUACCUCUUCGGAACCGGGAGAUGAAGGACUGCAACCCUUCAUGGAGGUGAAAAUAUCCGAGAGCCCUAAAAGGUCCAGGAGGGAUUCAGGACUAGACUGCGACGAGAACUCCCCCGAGUCCCGCUGCUGUCGGUUCCCUCUCACCGUGGACUUUGAAGACUUUGGCUGGGACUGGAUUAUCGCCCCCAAGCGCUACAAGGCCAAUUACUGCUUAGGGGAGUGCGAGUACAUGCAUCUGCAGAAGUACCCCCACACCCACCUGGUGAACAAAGCCAACCCACGGGGCACGGCUGGGCCUUGCUGUACCCCCACCAAGAUGUCACCCAUUAACAUGCUGUACUUCAACAGGAAAGAGCAGAUCAUCUAUGGCAAGAUCCCGUCCAUGGUGGUGGACCGCUGUGGCUGCUCUUGAGUCAGCACACCCACCCGGUCUCAUCCCCCCCUGGACUUCUGAAAAUAAUCACUUUAACCAUUUAUCAGUGCUUUCUUACACUGUGCAAUAGAGCCAGAAACCGCAACGAGGAUGCUCACCCAUUUUGCCGAGCAUAAGUGUCACGUGGAUGUACUGAUGGAAUGUCAUAUAGUUGGACUUGGGAAUGGACAUAGCAAAACAAACGAGAAAAAAAUUUGAUGACGUUCGCUGACAAACCUUUUUUUCCAUUCUGCUUGAUGUUUUUAAUUGUCACUCACAUACAUGCUGUAUACAUUCUCUUGUCUGCAUCUCUCUUACAUGUCACACUCAUUUUGUAAUAUCCAUAUUUUUUUUUUGCAAGAGUGGCUAUCAUUGCUAGAUGGCCAUGCUAACCUUUUAAGGCAAUAUUUUUUUAGAAUUUUUUUGAGUGAAAUGGAGAGGGACUCAAGAACAUUUGACUAGAGCUGGAAACGAAAUCCUAUUGGAAGUGUUACAGCUGGCAAACAGACCCGGGCCUCAUGUACAUUGCCAUACAUGCCAAACAUUCAGUGCGUCCUGAUUAUAGCUUUACCAUUACUCAACUGCUUGAACUGCCCUACACACUUGAAUUAUUAUAAUUAUAUAUGAAUACAUAUAUUAUAUAUCCAUAUGUGUAUAUAUAUAUAAAUAUAUAUAUAUAUAUAUAAAUAUAAAUCAGCAUUACUGGACGGAAGGACUUGAACCAGAGGCACUAUGAAUGCAGUCUACACAUUGAAAUGUGUAUCAAAGGCAGAGGUUACAUGAGAAGAAUGAAUGUUUAAACCAUGCUUAAACUCUUCUGUCUUUCAAACAACACAGUUUGCACUAUGGCAGACCAAUAGAAAGAAUUGGUUGCUAAAAAGUUGUAAAAACUGAUUUUGAUAUGUUUGCUAAUUGUAUUAUAUGCCAUUAUUUCCAGUAGCUGUUAACUUUUUUAACCUCUGUUAGUAAAUGUAUAAGACCACAACCUAGCAAAAAGUGCACAAUAUCAAAUCUAUAUAUCUGUAAAACAAAUAAAGGUGCUUGCUCUA